UCACUACGGAUUUGUCGAGUAAUCUCAGUCUCCCUUCACUUAUUUUUUUUUUUAUAUUCCUUUGCGAAUAUACAGAAAUCUCUCUCAGAUCUGCUGCGUGCGUUAAGUUUUUUAAUUAACAGGUUCACGGAUAAGCUUCCUUCGGUAAACUUUUAGGUGUUUUUUUUUUUUUUUGUGCACAACCUACCUGAGUUGUGUUCCGUCUCUGCACGCCUUCACUCCUCUCCACCAUGGAUUUGGUUUGGAUUGUGGGCUUCGUUGGGAGCGUCUGCGCCUGGUUUGCUUCAGCGGAGCGGCACAGUGUCUACUGGAACAGCACAAACCCAAAGUUUCAGCGGGUCGACUAUGCUGUGGAGGUGAAGCUUAAUGACUACCUGGACAUCGUCUGCCCCCAUUACCCGCAGGGUGAGGUGCCAUCGAUGGAUGCUGAGCGAUACGUGCUGUACAUGGUGGAGCGGGAGGACUACGACAACUGCAAGCCGCAGUCGUAUGACCAGAUGCGCUGGGAGUGCAGUCAUCCAUUUGCCCCUCACGCUCCUGAGAAGUUCUCUGAAAAAUUCCAGCGUUUUACUCCUUUCACCCUGGGAAAGGAGUUUCGCCAAGGAGAGAGCUACUACUAUAUCUCCAAACCUUUGCACCACCAUGGCCAAGAGUGCCUGAGGCUGAGGGUGGAUGUCAUAGCCGCAGAUGGCUCUCAAGAGGCCAGAGUGGCUAAAGGGGGCACAGGUGGGACUGCAGUUGGAGCCGGUGGCGGGGUUCACAACCCAUCCAACAGGCUGCCUGCAGCAGAUGACCCGGUGGUUAUCCUGCCAGAUGUUCAGAAGAGUGUACGGACAAACUCCGCAGCGGCAGCUACAUCCCUCUCAAUCCUCUCAGUGCUAGUCCCAUUUUCGUUACUGUUUUUGUUGCACUGAGAAUACAUAAAAAGGAUUUCUGUUGGCAGACUUUUUUUGGGGUUUUUUUUG